CAGCUUCACCCAUAUGUCAGCUGCGAUUUGAACAACAUACUUUACGAACGUCUCUGAUUGAUCUCAAGAUGAACAAAACGAAAAAGAAUCUCUCCACUCUGUCGAAAGCAAGAAGGGCAACCCUCUUUUUCUUCCUCCUCGUGGAAUCGCCGCGGCAACCGUGCAACGUUUGUGAAAAGCGUUCGAUGACAUCGUCCAGGACCCGCCUCUCUAUUGUUCUUGUUCGUGAUUGUAUUACUUUGAUUUAUUCUAUUCAUUGCCUUGCUGGUUCAAGGUGCUUGCACGCAUUCACUGUUAUGUAUACUACUGACUACUCUUUUCUUCCUUGGCUUCCUACUUGCAAAUAUCCUCUCUUGUCACGAUGAUGCCGCUUCGCUGGCUGGCUGGUUGACUAUACAUGAUGUUGACGACACUGAUGAUCUUGCAUGGAAUGCGUUCCUCUGGCUUGCAUUUUCCUUGUCUAUUACGCAUGUGGCAACUGGAUGCUGCGCAUCUUUGGGGCCGGAUGGUGUGGGAAACAUG